GUUGCCGGUUGAAGAUUAUUCCCACGGGUGAUUGCGUCGCUGGUUUCCCCUCCCACCGUUCUGCCUGCCUGCGCCUCUACUUUAGCGUCCGCGCGGCACGAUCGGGUUGCCCCGUUCACCUUCGCCGUCGGUUUUUCGACUGCUGCUGCUGCUGCUGCUGCUGCCACUGCAAUAAACAAUCGCAUUGCGUUCCGUACUCUCGUCCCCCUUGUCGCUGACGAUUUCUGCCUAUCCCGUCCUGUUCAUCUACUCGGAAUUCAGUUUCUGGCGGCUCCGAAUCUUUGGAUCUAUCUGCGAUCAAUCCGUCAGCUCCAUCGUAUCGCGGUUUCGCUUCCUAGCGUAGAGGAAAGCGCCUUUCAUCCUCAUCAGGCACCACUCCUCCGUCAUCGACCACCUCACUCCCCAGAAACAUGAGAGUCGCCCGACCUUCCUUCAACCCGGGGCGGACGAAAAACAUCAUCCAUGGGUUCCAGGGAUUUAUCAUCUUCCUGGCGUGGGCCUUGACCAUCGCCGUGUUCACCAAGGGCGAUGGCAUUGAUGGGAGAUCCGCCUGGUACUGGGCCUUGUGCUGGUUCAGUAUCCCCGGUCUCAUCUACUUAGUGGCCGUCCCCAUGUGGCCGCGCGCACGUCGGUUUGGAAAUGUGUACGCCUUCGCGACCGUGGACUGCCUGUACGCCAUCUUAUGGUUCAGUGCCUGGGUCUGUGUCGCCAGCUACGUGGCGCAGGGGAAGAGCGAGGGCAAGAGCGACAGCUCGACAGACAGCGACAGCAAGUCUAGUAGCAAGCGGGCGAGCGACAGCACGAAGAGCGGCUGCGACAACUGGGCCUACGGCAACGCCAGCAAGUGCAAGAUCAGCACGGCCACCGUGAUCUUGGGUGUUAUCGUCUUCUUACUCUUCGUGGUCACCGCGUUCAUGUCCUUCCGCAACGUCGUGCACUUCCGCCGCACCGGCACCCUGCCCGACGCCGUCUCCGACCCCACCUUUGCCGCCCACACCAAGGCCGCGUUCUCGUCCAACCCAGCGCACGAUUUCGAGGAGGAGGAAGACGACUUCCGGUCGCGUGCGGGGAUGGGGUCGUCGGUUCGCGGCGAUCGCGAUGAGGACUACGCCCUGCUGCAUCAGAGCGAGGCGGAUGACUUCGGCAGCACCACGCACGGCCGCUCGGCGGCGUCGGGCGCCUACGACCCGACCGUCUCGACGGGCAGCGUGCUGCACGACUACAACACCAGCUACGGCGGGGCGCACGGGCAGCACUACGGCGGACCGUCGGAGUACGAGCCGAGUCAUAGCGGCUACGGCCACUAGAGGGGUUGACGGAGAGGAGAUGCGGUGAAAGAAAAAACCAAGACAAACCUCCGAAACGAACCAUGGGGCGGUGUUUGCGGGCGCACAUUUCCGAUUGUCAUUUCUGGCUUGUUGACUUGUAACAUGAUGACGACUGUAUGCUGUGAUGGUGAUUUGGCGGGGGAACGGCCGGUGUAAUGGCCGCGCGGGCAUACCUGACGACUUAUUGGAUGACGAAUGUAUUUUGGUUCUACAUAGAUGGAAUUACAUACUUUAGCAGAG